AUUUAUAUUACCUCGCCGCAUCUCUUUAUUAAAACUAUCCGAGAUAAUGCCGUUAAUAAUAAUCUGAAGGAAUUCGGUAAAAAAGAUCGCGGUACGUAUAUAGUCCGAAUUUAUAAUUAUUUAUACUCCGGCCUUAAAGAUUUGGUUGUCGAACCCGCCGACAAUAUAACUUUCGAUGAAUGGUUGACUUAUUUAGAUCGGCGUACGGAAACCCAUCGGCUUAAAAUUAUUAAUAAUUUGGGCGGUUAUAGUAGUAGUUUUAAUAAGCGUAUGCUGAGGGUUGAAUUUAAUAGUAAAUUCUCUAAUAUUAAAGCUAUUGAAGUCGCAAACUUUAUAAAGUAG